ACGCGAUGAUCUCAUUCGCGCCCUGGAGCACACAGUGCACGUUCUCCUCGCCCUUCUUCCGUCGUCCGAGGAACUCAUAAUUGCCGGCCAGGGCGGAGUUCGUAGUGUCAAGUCAGUGCACUUCGUAGGACACACGCAGCGAAACACGCGAGCACGCGGGGAAGCAGACGCAGCUCAGGCGCGCCUCCGCCCUCCCCCAAGGCCGGCCUUGGCCCGCCCAGUGUUUGCGCUGCGCCGGUUGGCCCGGCGGUCUCCGGCGCAGAGGCCGGGCUUGUGGGCCCUGCAGCUCCGGAGGUCGUCUCGGGCAAAGAGCGCAGGCCGGUGGCGGCGAUGCUGGGCAAGGAUUAUAUGCUGGCCAUCAUUCUGGUCAACUGCGAUGAUGACUUGUGGGGGGACCAAAAUCUGGAGGGGGAGACAGGCCUACCCCCUGGCUGGAGGAAGAUCCGCGAUGCUGCGGGGACUUACUACUGGCACGUUCCCAGCGGUAGCACGCAGUGGCAGCGCCCAACAUGGGAACUAGGAGGUGCAGAGGACCCGAGAGCGGGAACGGAGGGGAUUUGGGAACUGCGACCCCCCAAAGGGAGAUCCUUCUCCAGCCUGGACAGUUCAUUGAAUCGGAGUAACUCUCUAACAUGGUAUGGUGAAGAUUCCUAUGUCCGGAGCUUGGAGCCAGGAGCUAAGUGCUUUGCAGUCCGCUCUCUGGGCUGGGUAGAGGUCCCUGAGGAGGAUCUGGCACCAGGGAAGAGCAGUAUUGCUGUCAAUAACUGUAUCCAGCAGCUUGCCCAGACUCGAAACCGGAGCCAGCCCCACGAUGGUGCCUGGGGUGAGGGCCAGAACAUGCUGAUGAUCCUGAAAAAAGAUGCCAUGAGCCUGGUGAAUCCCCUGGACCACAGUCUGAUCCAUUGUCAGCCUCUGGUUCACAUCCGUGUAUGGGGUGUGGGCAGCUCCAAGGGCCGGCACUUAGAAGUCCCUUCCCUAAUCUGCCUUAUCCCCACCCCUGCCAGGGACUUUGCCUUUGUUGCGGGUGACAAAGACAGCUGUAUGCUCAAGUGCCAUGUGUUUCGCUGUGAUGUGCCUGCAAAGGCCAUUGCAAGUGCUCUGCAGGGGCUCUGUGCACAGAUCUUGUCAGAGAGGGUAGGAGUCAGUGGAGAAGCUGCUUGCUGUUCCCCAGAUCCUAUUUGUCCUGAAGACUUCCCAAGGCAAGUGGAGUUGCUGGAUGCUGUGAGCCAGGCUGCUCAGAAGUAUGAGGCACUGUACAUGGGGAUCCUACCAGUCACCAAAGCCAUGGGUAUGGACGUGCUGAAUGAGGCCAUUGGUACCCUCACCGCCCGGGGGGACCAGAAAACCUGGGUCCCUGCUAUGCUCAGUGUAUCUGAUUCUCUGAUGACUGCACAUUCCAUUCAGGCAGAGGCUGGUGCAGAGGAAGAGCCACUGUGGCAGUGCCCUGUGCGCCUUGUAACCUUUAUCGGCGUUGGCCGUGACCCACACACCUUUGGCCUCAUCGCAGACCUUGGUUGUCAGAGCUUCCAGUGUGCAGCCUUCUGGUGUCAGCCUCAUGCCGGGGGGCUCUCUGAAGCUGUGCAAGCUGCCUGCAUGGUUCAGUACCAGAAGUGUCUAGUGGCCUCAGCAGCUCGGGGUAAGGCCUGGGGUGCCCAGGCCCGUGCUCGCCUGCGGCUCAAGCGGACCAGCUCUAUGGACUCUCCAGGCGGCUCCCUGCCCCCUCCACUACUCAAAGGAGGGGUUGGGGGUGCUGGAGCAGCUCCUCGGAAGCGGGGCGUCUUCUCAUUUCUUGAUGCCUUCAGACUAAAACCUUCUCUUCUCCAUAUGUCCUAAAUUUAUCUUAGAGGGUUGGGGAAAGAGGCUCUAUACUCUUCCAGCCCCCAGGGUUCUGUAGCCUCUCACCUUCCUGCCCAUCCUUGAUCCUUGCCUACCCUGUAUUUAUUACCAAGUUUGUUGUUUAUAAGGAUGACUGAAAGGUCCUGCACUAUAACUUAGGCCCCUGGCGCCCCUUUCCUUGGGUCCUUUUGUUCCUUGCCCCUGUCCAGCCCUGGACAAUUGGCUCUACCUCAGCAACUUUAUAGCAGAAACAGUGCAAAUAAAAAUCCCUCAGUGACCUCA